UUCUUUUUUCUUAUUUUUUUUUAUUUAAAAAUUACAAUGGUUGAUAAUAAACUUUUGCCAAGAUUAUCACAAAAUUUACUUGAAAUUUUAAACGAUGAAGAAUAUUAUGAUAUCACAAUUGAAGUUGGUAGUGACCCUUAUGUAAAAGUAUUUCGGGCUCAUAUGGUUAUUUUAAAUUAUCGUUCCCCCUAUUUACGAAGAGUUUUAUCAACAAAUAAAAAGAAAAAUGAUGGAACCUUGGCACAUAUUAAAUUACCAAAUAUUUUACCUGAGAUUUUUCAAAUAGUUUUAAGGUAUAUCUAUGGAGGAAAAAUUUCUUUGGAAGAAUAUGAUAAUUCAGAUAUUGUUAAAAUUAUGAUUGCUGCCAAUGAACUAAGUUUUCAUGAAUUAAUACCUUAUUUAGAAUCUUUUUUAAUUGAAAAUAAAACAGAUUGGGUGGAACAACAUUUUGAUUUAAUAUAUCAAAUGAGUUAUGAAAAUGAUUCUUUCUUAGAACUUCGAAAAUAUUGUAUUGAUUUAAUUUCCAAAGAACCAAAUAAAAUAUUUAAUUCAAGAAAAAUUAUUUAUCGCAAUUAUUCAAAAUAA